CUGAGUGAGCUCCGCGCGCCCUUGGGCUGCUCUGUGGGCUCGCAGCUAAUGCAGCGCUGGCUGAAGACAACAAAAGAGAUGGCGGAGGAAGGCUCCUGCACCUACUUGAUCCGCCGCCUGUCCUGCGCGUUCAUCCUGCGGGCUGUGGUUGUGCUGCUUCUCAUUGUCCUGGGGAUAUACAGCGUCUUCUGCAGCCAGCAACUCGCACAGCAACACCGGCUUGAGUCACCUGCGUGGGACAUAGCUGAGCUCCAGCUGAACCACACAGGACCUCGAAUGGAUCCCAGGCUGCACUGGCAAGGGGGCCCCGAACUGGGUCGGUCCUUCCUGCGUGGACCCCAGCUGAACAAAGGGCAGCUGCUUGUCAGGCGUGACGGCAUCUAUAGGCUGCACAUCCAAGUGACACUAUCCAACUGCUCCUCUUUCCCGAAGGCCACCACGUGGCCCAGGGCCACCCUGGCUGUGGGCAUCUGCUCCCCAGCCACCCGAAGCAUUAGCCUGCUGAGACUGAACUUCUACCUCAGUUGCACUGUCGCCUCUCAGCGUCUGACUCCUUUGGCCCACGGGGACAUUCUCUGCACUAACCUCACUCUGCCACUGCUGCCGUCCCAAAAUGCUGAUGAGACGUUUUUUGGGAUUCAGUGGGUGCAUCCCUAA